AUGGCGCAGAAUCGCCCCGCCGCCUUUAACACUCUCAGGAUGGGAGAAGUUAUUCGUGAAAAGGUGCAAGACGGUGUGACUGGAGAGACGAGAGACCUACAGUACACGCAAUGCAAGAUCGUGGGUAAUGGCUCUUUCGGUGUCGUCUUCCAGACGAAGCUCUCGCCUUCAGGUGAGGAUGCGGCUAUUAAGCGCGUUCUCCAAGACAAGAGAUUCAAGAACCGAGAACUUCAAAUUAUGCGCAUCGUCCGGCACCCCAACAUUGUCCAGUUGAAGGCUUUCUACUAUUCCAAUGGCGAACGCAAGGACGAGGUUUACCUCAAUCUGGUCCAGGAGUUUGUCCCCGAGACCGUUUACCGCGCAUCACGUUUCUUCAACAAGAUGAAGACGACGAUGCCCAUCUUGGAAGUCAAGCUCUACAUCUACCAACUCUUCCGAGCCCUCGCCUACAUCCACUCUCAAGGCAUUUGCCAUCGUGAUAUCAAGCCUCAGAACCUCCUCCUCGACCCCACAUCAGGUAUUCUCAAGCUGUGCGACUUCGGUAGCGCGAAGAUCUUGGUGGAGAACGAGCCGAAUGUGUCAUACAUCUGCUCACGGUACUACCGAGCCCCAGAGUUGAUCUUUGGUGCUACUAACUACACAACCAAGAUCGACGUCUGGUCCACCGGUUGUGUUAUGGCCGAAUUGAUGCUCGGGCAACCCCUCUUCCCUGGAGAGUCAGGCAUCGACCAAUUGGUAGAGAUCAUCAAGGUCUUGGGCACGCCAACACGGGAGCAGAUCCGCACAAUGAACCCCAACUAUAUGGAGCACAAGUUCCCGCAGAUCAAGCCCCAUCCUUUUGCUAAGGUCUUCAGGAAGGCGGACGCGAACGCUAUUGAUUUGAUUGCACGCCUCCUCGAGUACACACCGACUGAGAGACAAGCGGCCGUCGAGGCCAUGGUCCAUCCCUUUUUCGAUGAGCUGAGGGAUCCCAACACGAGACUUCCCGACUCUCGGCACCAGAGUGGUGAAAUUCGGGACUUGCCCCCUCUGUUCGACUUCACUCGCCAUGAGCUUUCGAUCGCGCCCAACCUGAACCACCAACUCGUACCCCCUCAUAUCAGACCUGUCCUGGCCGGAAGGGGAUUGGACAUUGACAAUUUCACUCCAAUUCCGAAGGCAGAUAUGAUGGCCAAACUGGACUGA